AUGAAAGGCUUUAAAUUACUAUUAUUAACUGAAUUCAUUGGUUUAGCUCUUUCCCUUGCAUAUUUAGGUUCAGAAGAGGGAACUUGCAACCCAAGGCAGGAUGUGGACUGCUUGGCGAUAAACUCAGGACUUGCGGGUAUCUACUUCGAACCCUUCACAUCAAGAUCAAGUCACUUCAAUCCAAUGUCCCGUCCCUCAAAUAUUGAGUACACCCCAGAAGGUUUGAAGAUGACAAUUCGAAAAAGAUUAGACAACCCAGCUGUUGUAUCCGAUUUUCAUAUUUUACAUGGAAAAGUUGAAGUUGAGAUAAAAGCGGCAAAAGGACAAGGGAUAAUCAGCUCUUUCUACUUACAAAGCAAUGACUUAGAUGAAAUUGAUGCUGCAGAAAUAUUUGGAGGCAACCCAUUUGAGUUUCAAUCCAAUUUUUUCGUUAAAGGUAAUGCAACUACUUGGGACCGAGGUGGAUAUCAUCCCAUGGAGACGCCACCCAUGAAUUCCUUUAACAAGUACGCUAUAGAAUGGACUAAAGAAGAGCUAGUUUGGCUAUUGAAUGGCAGAGUUGUGAGAGUCUUGAAGAGGGACAAUCCACAUAAAUUCCCAACAUCACCAAUGCUGAUAAGAUUUAGUUUGUGGGCAGGUGGUGAUCCACAGAAUUUAAAAGGUACUAUUGAUUGGGCAGGCGGUAUAACAGAUUAUUCUGGUCUUCCCUACUCGAUGUAUAUCCGAAACCUAUUUGUUGAAGACUAUUCUACCAGUAAAGUUUACGUGUAUGGUAACACAGAUGCGGCCAGGUCCAUCGAGAUAGCAGGAACCAAUAAUCAGAAGGAACAAAAUGUGCCGAAUUUCUUCAAAACUACUCUUGAAGACGGUGCUACAACUUCUAUGUUGACAAAGAAUGGCACGGAAGGUAGUUAUGAGGAUGCUAAUGAACGAAGUAAAAUGAACUUAUCUGACGAGAAUCGAUUUAUUCAGUUCACGAACAAUUCCUUUAAUUCUACAAACAAUUCCCAAACAAAAACUAAUAAUAUGAGCUUGCUUUACAUUCUUAUUUUACAUGCUGUGUUAGUUCUCCUGUGGUUUUAG